AUGGAACAGACGAUGUUCAAAAUCAAAUCAAAAUUUUUAUUCCAUCAACUGAAAAACUUCGACAAAGGCUCAAAGAGAAAUUUACCAAAGAAGAAAAAAAGAAAGAGUAAAUUAUUCUGGAAUUCAUUAAAAGGUAUUCGUUCUUUCGAUCAAAUUUUAAAUACAAAAUACACCUCAAAAGUGCAUCUUAGAGUACUUCGAAAUACUCUUUUACUGUUUCUAAUGUUUGUAUAAGCUACAUAAUGA